GGCUAUUAUACAGUGUAUAGGCAGGUGUAUAGUAUGGAGAUGCAAACGGUCUACAGGUGCUGCCCAGGAUGGAUGCAGAGAGGGGAGGAGAGAGGCUGUCUUCAUAGAGUGUGUUCUUCUGGUACCUGCUUUAACGGUGGGAUGUGCUCCGAGACCGGUGAUCAGCUAUGUCAGUGUCCAGAAGGGUUCGAAGGAACGCGCUGCCAAUACGAUAUAAACGAGUGUGCGGACGAGAAUGGCGGAUGUGAAGGCACGUGCUGUAAUACUAUCGGCAGUUAUUACUGCAGGUGUCCUGAUGGUAGUAAACUCGGAGAUAAUGGGAAAUCCUGCCAAGUUGUUCCCACAGAUAAAGAUGAGUGUGAGGAGCUGAACGGUGGUUGCCAGCAGACGUGUGUGAACACACUGGGUUCGUACCACUGUGAGUGCAGAGAGGGUUUCCGCAUGCACGCCGAUGCUCGCACAUGCAUAGUGGCCAACUCUUGCUCUGUAAAGAAUGGCGGCUGUGAACACAGGUGUGUCGAUUUGGGAAAUGACCAGUACAAGUGUGAAUGCCGCAGCAACUACCAGCUCAAAAGAGAUGGAAAACACUGUGAAUUGAAGGAUCCCUGUAAGGAACGUAAUGGUGGAUGUUCUCAUAUCUGCAGUAAUGUGAAUGGACAGGUGCAGUGCAGCUGCAGACCAGGAUACAAACGGGAAGCCGACUUUAGGAGAUGUGAAGACAUUGAUGAAUGUGUGUCUGGUCAGGCUAAAUGUGCUCACGGCUGUGCUAAUGUGCCGGGAUCAUUUCGUUGUGUGUGUAAUCCGGGAUUCGAGCUGGGUGCUGAUGGGAAACAGUGCUAUCGUAUAGAGAUGGAGAUCGUGAACGGCUGUGAGAAAAACAACGGUGGCUGCUCUCAUCACUGUGAGCACACCACCAGCGGGCCCCUGUGCUCCUGUAACCAAGGUUACCAGCUCGCUGAGGACCUCAAGGCCUGCAUAGACACAGAUGAGUGUGAAAACGGGGAGGCGUGCUGUAGUCACUUCUGUAAAAAUUACCCAGGAGGCUAUGAGUGUGGCUGUAGACCUGGAUACACACCCAACGGCUGCACAUGUGACGACAUUGACGAGUGUGUGUCCGAGACGUCAGGAUGUUCUCAGUACUGUGUUAACACCCUGGGCUCUUAUGAGUGUUUCUGUCAGGUGGGCUUCAGAAUGGACUAUGACCAGAAAUCAUGCUCACCUCUGUAUGAUAAAGAAUUGGAGGAGGAGGAGGAAGAGGAAGACGUGGUUGGCGGUGAAGAUGAGCCUGAGGUCCUCCGUUUGCCGGAUUUGCUGUUCCGUCGCCCCCCUCAACUGCUGCAUUACACCGCCGCUUUACGCAGACCGUAUGAUGAUGACACACACACUUACUACCCAGGACACCCGCACAGCCGAGAACAGAGAGAGGAGCUGACCAUCAUCAGCAAGAUUAUGUGUGAGGACGGCUCAUUCGGUGACGACUGCAGUGUGAGCUGUGAGGACUGUGCCAAUGGAGGACUGUGUGCGUUAGAGAAGGAUCGCUGUGUGUGUGCGCCCGGCUGGACUGGGGUCACCUGUAAUGACACUUGUGCUGAGGGCACAUUUGGUGUUCAGUGUAACAGUCUGUGUGUUUGUAAGAAUGGGGGCCGCUGUGACCCAGUGACUGGGAUGUGCUUGUGUCCUCCAGGGGUCCAGGGUCUGCACUGUGAAAACGGUUGUCCGCAGGGUUUCUAUGGGAGGUUCUGUCGAAGGCGGUGUAACUGCCCCAAUAAUGGACCCUGCCAUCGUCUGUAUGGGGGUUGCCUUUGCACACCCGGAAAAUAUGGCAAAUUCUGCCACCUGCCAUGUCCCAAAUGGACCCAUGGUGCGGGGUGCUCGGAGGAAUGCGAAUGUUCGCAGGAAAACUCUCUCUCUUGCGACCCCCUAAAAGGCACCUGCAUUUGUAAACCUGGCUACCAUGGCGGACACUGCCUGGCAGAAUGUGAUGACGGUUUCUUUGGCGAUGGCUGCCGUGAGCGAUGUAACUGCUCUGAUGGGGAGCCGUGUGACCCUAAAACCGGAGAGUGCCAGAAGAUGUGCCCACCCGGAUACCAUGGAGAGAAAUGCCAGCUGGAGUGUCCUGAGGGCCAGUAUGGAGCCGAGUGUAACCGAGUGUGUGAGUGUGAGAAUGGUGCCGAAUGUGACCACAUCAGCGGAGCUUGUACCUGUACCGCCGGCUGGCUGGGAUCACACUGUGACAAGAGAUGUCCUGUUGGGUUUUACGGGGAGGACUGCUCGCAGAUGUGCCAGUGCGGGAAUGAGGCCCAGUGUCACCACAUCACAGGCGCCUGCCGCUGCACCCCUGGCUGGGCACCGCCGCAAUGCAUUCUGGCUUGUCCAGCGGGUAUAUUUGGUACCAACUGCAGUCAAUCAUGUGACUGCCACAACGGAGGGUCAUGUGACCCCGUGAGCGGCCAGUGCCGGUGUACACCUGGGUGGACAGGAACCAGCUGCCAACAGGUGUGUCCUCAGGGCAGGUUCGGCCUGAACUGUUCUCAAGUGUGCACUUGUUCUGGAGAUCAGUACAGCUGUCAUCACGUCACGGGGAAAUGCAGCUGUUUACCUGGAUACUAUGGCAACCGCUGUCAUCUCAGGUGUCGAGAGGGCACCUACGGCCCCUACUGUAAGAAGAGGUGCAGAUGUGCCAACGGAGGCCGAUGUGACUUCAGGACAGGCUCUUGCAUCUGCCAGCCAGGAUACUUGGGACCCAACUGCAGCACCAGUUGUCCCAGAGGUCGCUACGGGAGAGACUGUGCUCAGGUGUGUUUGUGUGGCGAGAGAGGACAGUGCCACCCAGAGACUGGGAGGUGUAACUGCGCCUCUGGAAGAACAGGACCGUCCUGCGAACAAGCAUGUCCUAGGGGGCGCUAUGGAGUGCAGUGUCGCAAUUUCUGUACAUGUGCGAACGGAGGAGUGUGUGAACCUGUGAAGGGGAUGUGUAGAUGUGGGCUGGGCUGGACCGGACAACACUGUGAAAAAGCUUGUGUUCCAGGUCACUAUGGUGUGAACUGUGAGCACGAGUGUGUGUGUCAGAAUAACGGAACAUGUGAUCGCUUUACGGGAUGCUGCUCUUGCCCGUCUGGAUACUACGGUUCUGCCUGCCAACACAGAUGCCCUGCUGGCUUUUUUGGAAAGCUCUGUGCAGAAUCAUGUGACUGUAAACAUGGACACCUGUGUGAUCAUGUGACCGGACAAUGCGUGUGUCCUCCAGGUUACCAUGGCGAACAGUGUGAAAAACGUUGUGACGCUGGGCGUUUUGGGCAUGAUUGUGCAGAACUCUGUGAGUGUGAUGGGGCGCCCUGUGAUCCGACCACUGGACAGUGUCUCUGUCCACCGGGAAAGACUGGAGAACGUUGCGAGAAAGUUUGUGACAGCGGGUUUUAUGGUCCAGGCUGUUCUUUCCUGUGUCAGUGUGCACACGGAGGCCAGUGUGACCAGCGCACGGGUCACUGCUCAUGUCCUCUUACCUGGCUGGGACCCACCUGUGAGGAAGGUGCUUCAAUAGAUCAUGUGUCGCCUCGCGUACAGAAAAGGCGACGGCGUGUUUCACACUCCUAGUCCACAAGCACACACACUCUCCUUUGAGAUCCCACUCGAAGGCGAGUGGCAUGGGUGAAUGAGUGUGUGAGGAUCUAUGUGACUUGUCAUUAUAGUGUUUUCCCCCAGACGAGCAAGCCACAGGAGAAUUGGUACGAGGAAGCAAUGCUGGAAAACACAGUCACACACAAACGCACACAAGACCACUGCCAGACUGUCAAUGAUUGUGUGUGUAUGAGUGUCUUUGGAGAAGAGACACAUUGAAUGCUUGUUUUGUGAGCUCUGUGUGUGUAUACACUCACUCAGUCCCACAUCAGACAGUAAGCCACACCAUCCGAUCGGCUAAACGCCCACCGAGCCACAAACCCAGACCGAACUUCUCUAUUACGGGAUCAGAGUGAAGCCUCAACCGCUCAUUUCUAUAGUACAUACCACAAAUACACCACUAAAGUGUAUACAGCAACACUCAAUGGGAUUACAGCCUUCCAUACAUACCAUACACAGUCUAAAAUGUACCUUGUAAAUGUACACCAACUCUAAAUUUAAAGUUUUUUUAUGACAUUGUCUAUAAAAUCCUCUUUUAUGAUACUUUUAUGUUGUAUUUUUAAAGUAAUAUGUAGCAUGAAUCGGGAACAUUUCUGCUAUAGAUAUCCUUUUCAAAUCCAUCUGGCUGGCUCCUGCGAGUGUGAUGUAUGCCCUGCGAUGUGAUUCCUGCGACAGCCUGACUGUAAAUAUUCACAGCAUUGUCACCCAUCAUCGUGCCAUCUGAGGUAAAUUGUUAAAGCGGAGCUGUCCGACAGGAUUUAGACACAAUCUGAUGCUUAUAAACUGAACGAACAGUUUCUCCGAAAGACGUCUUACAUGCCAAACAAAUCUAAUCUUUAUAAAUUGCGGUUCUUAGCGCUCACUCAACAGUCUUUUACUGUAAAGAAAAUGCUGUAAAAAGUUGUUCCUCUGUUCUGUCUUUUUUCCUCUCAGGAUGUUUUCCCUAUUGGUUCUUAGACUUUUAAUUAAAUAUGUUUGUACAGAAAA